GUAUCAUGAUUCCACACCUCUGAUUGCCAAUUUGAAACAUACCUUGAAGGCGGUGUAGCUGCAUGUAGGUACACUUUUUCAAAAAGUGUUUUGUAGAUAAAAAAAUAAAGUAAAACAAACUGGUAUUUUGUAACAACUUUGCAGGGGGAAAAAAGAACUAAAGGAAUUCAAUUAAUUCAGCCUUUCUCGAGUCUCUGUCUGAAAUGGAGGCAGCCAGGUCCAGCUUACAAGAGUCUUUUGGUUUUGGUCCUCGUGGUCCAAACCCUCCACAUGGAGCUCAGCAUGCCCAGUGUCCUCUCUCAGGGCCUUCAGCAGCAGUACGUCCUGAGGAGCAGCACCAGCAGCACCACAAACCUUUCUUCUACAUUCAGCCAUCACAGCCAUACCUGCCCAUGCAGACUCUGCAGUGGCCUGUGCCCAUGCCCAUGCCUGUGUCCUACAACCCAUACUAUGGAUACCCAGGUUUAAGUUAUGGGAUGCCAGUUAUGCCUCCCUAUCAGCCAAAUCCUUACAUGGAGCCUCCCAGCUUUGUUGUCCCACAUACCAACCUCCAUUUGGUGGACUACAGAAGAAUCCUCAACCCUCAGUAUUACCAGAGCAUGGCGUACCACUCGCGCAGGUUCCGCUACCAACACAACGGUCGAAGCAGAGAAACGACCAGCUCUGAGGUUCAAACUGAGCCGCUGUCUGCCACCCAGAGGACCAGCACACCUGAUGCAAGCAACGUCGACGCCUCCAGAAACCUCUCAGUCCGUAGAAGCGACAACAACGAGAGUGUGCAUGCCAGACAACCGCUCACGCCACCAUUGGCUGUGAAGACGGGGAACCACUCUCUUGAGCCCAAGGACACGGUGCCUUCUUCUCACAGAACGCCACCGAAUGGCAGCUUUGUGAUUCAGACCGAGGAAGUACGGAUUGAAUGUUGCACAACGCCUGGAGGACUACAACUCCUGCACUCCCACGAGACUGCAGAAGUAUCCCAUAGCUUUUCACAAGAUGUGGUCCAGCGAAGCUCUGUCCUCCAGGGUCGAGUUCUGCAGGACAAUACACCAUGUGCUCCUGCAGACACGUCUGAGAAGGCUCUCCAAGCUUGCCCUGAUAUCUUGUUAGUUGGGACAGCUAGCAGCAAUGAGAAGAUCCUUAAUCUGGGGGAGUCCAGGAAGCAGACGGAGCCAUCUGUUUUUCCAUCAGAGGUGGAAGUUCACGGUGAAGUUCAGGACGCAGGUAGAGAGAAAGAUCUGAGUGCAACAUCAAACAACUUUCAAUUCAAAGUCGUUCACCUGCCAUUCGAUUCAAAGUACCUGGAUGAACUUAGGAAGAUGGAAUCAACGGUUUGGUCGAUGGAGGACACUUUGAUUCCCUCACCCGAGUCUCUGAUCCUAAAUGGCCACACUGAGUCUGAAAAUGAAUCGCUGGUUGCUGAAGUUCCCUCAGCAAAUAUUCUGACAAUGAGAGAGGAGGAUGCAGAUGAUGCCGUCCCCGUGAUUGAGAUGCCUUCUGUGGCAGAGGAUGAUCUGGAGGACAUGGUCCCAACUUCGGAGGGUCCUGGGGAUGUGAUGGAGUCUGAAGCUGAUGUGUACCCUCGGACAGAAGUCCCUGUGGCAGAGGAAGCUCCUGUGACACACAAAGAGGAAGUGGCUCAUGUUCCUUAUUUGCUGCUGUUGGAUAAUUCCUCUCCUAAGGCAGAGAGAAACCAAGUUAGAAGAGAGACGAACAUCCGGCAUCACCAGGACACUUCAUUUGAAUCAUUGCCUGCUUACCUCCCUUCAACCAGCUGGCUAACUGACUUUGAUAACAUCUACUACUGUAGCAAGAUGCCGCCAACUCCCAAGAAGCAAAUCAGACCUUUGAGCAACCAUGGUUUAGAUGUGCCGUCAAGAAGAAGAAAACUAGAUCUCGAGUACAAAGAUCAACCUACUGUUCGCAAGGCAAAAAAGAGAUACAAACCCAGAGGCAAGGUUGAUCGGAGAAGCCUUUCUGAUCACGAAUGCUGCCUCAGUAGAAACUUCAACGAGAACGCUUUUACUCCAUAUGCAUCCAAGACAGAGCGACUUUGCUCCAGAUGUCUUGCAAAGCACAGAAUCUGCACAACUUCCAGUCCAGGACUCGAUGGCCGCACCUUAAAGAGAAAAGCUACUCCCUUCCAACAGUGGAAUGACGCCUUGUUACCAACAUGUGAAGCCUGCAAAUCUCACUCAAAGAAACCACUGAUGAGGAAAGGUCCCAGUCAUGAUGUUCGCAGCCUUCACGGCCACGACACUGAAGGUGAAUCCUCUGAGAACAGCUCAAGUCGCACAGCUCCAAAAUGGCAGCCAGUUGAUGAUUCCAGGAAGGUGAACAAUUUGAAGAGGCCACUCGCAUCCAAGCAAAACCCGGACAAAGUUCCUGCAGGGAUGUACCCAAAGCUGAGGCAGAAGAACUGUGUGUGUGACGAGCUGCAGCAUCAGCCUGCUUCAUGGGAGAGGCUGCGACACUGUCCCCACGGCAACGCCAUCCGAGAAAUGGAUGAGAACUGCGCCGUGCCGUUUUCCCCCCAGGACAAAUGGAGGAACAUGAAUCAGACUUACCUGACACACAGGUGGCACACUGAGAAGUCAUGGAAAGAAGUGGUGCCUAACAUUGACUGCUCCAAGAUUGACGCCAGAUCACAACACUUGAAUAAACACAAGAAAUCACAACCACAAUCACAAGAAAUUCGAAGAUAUGACACAAGAUGCUGAUUUGCACAAGCGCACAAUUCAACAAAGUGAAAAACACGUGUUUUAAAAAAUAUGUACACUCUAUUUAAAUUAUUUUCCACUUAUUUAUUACAUUAUAAAUCACAAUAUUCACUAUUUAUUAAGGGAAGAAUAAACACAGAUUUAUUAUAA